AAAAUGGAUCAAUUUACAGUUAAUCUGUGGGUGAAGAUGGAACCUUUCAUAGUGGGAGCUUUGCAAAUCCCUCCUCCGUCCAAGUUUGGUCUACAUUAUCUACGAAAGAUGUCUACUUAUGUCCGGAUGCAUUCUAGUGAGGGCUAUUAUCCUUACCUUUUCUGGCCUAUGUGGCGACACAUUGCCUGUGGGAAGCUGCAAUUAGAGAAGGACUUGGCUUGGCUAUAUUUUGAGCUUUUUGACAGUCUUGUUGAACGGACUGCAGAGGAGCGACUGGAAUGGGCAGAGGUGAUGUCGAGCUGCGCAACUGAGGAGGAAGCAGAGAAGCAACGGAACAAGUUAUCUGUAGACACCCUGCAAUUCCUGCUGUUCCUCUAUAUUCAGCAACUAAAUAAAGUUUCUCUAAGGACAUCUCUGGUUGGAGAAGAGUGGCCAAAUCUUAAAUCCAAGUCUUACAGCCUAAAUGGAGAAUCGUCCAAUCAAAUUAAGAACUGGAAUGACAGCUACCAUCAAGCCUUUGUCCAGAGUCACCUUCAGGAUCUUCUAGAACUCUUACUAGAUCCGGACCAGCUCUCUGCCUCCUCUCAUUCCACCCAUAAUAGCCUGGUAACUCCUGAAGCUGUUCGAGCUCUCAGCUUUCUGAUUGAAGGGUCUGUGAACAACAAUAGGACUGUCCAUCCUCUGCAUGAGCUUGCACUCUGGCAGCCACUGCAUGCAAACAGUGGUUUCUCAAAGAUCUCCAAAGCUUUCUCUUUUCCCAAGCUGGAGUGCUGGCUGAGGGCUUGCCUGACUGGGAACCCAUUUGGAACAUCAGCCUGCCUCAGAUCUGGGAAGAAGCUUGCAUGGGCACAGCAAGUUGAAGGAACAACCAAGCGAGCCAAGAUAGCCUGCAAUACUCACAUGGUCCCUUCAGCACACCGCACAGUUGUGAUGAGUCAAGUCUACAAGCAAACACUGGCAAAGAGCUCAGAUACUCUAGAAGAUAGUCAUGUGAAGAUUCAUCGCUGCUGUGAAUCCUUCAUUUAUUUACUGUCUCCACUGAGGUCUGUGAGCAUAGAGAAAUGCAGGAACAGCACAUUUGUCCUGGGCCCAGUGCAGACAGUCGUUCACCUCCAUAGCUGUGACAGUGUCAAAGUGAUUGCUGUCUGCCAUCGUCUGUCUCUGUCAUCUACCACCAGUUGUACUUUGCACAUCCUCACUCCAACCAGACCACUCAUCCUACUAGGCAACCAAGCAAUUACGUUUGCUCCCUUCCACACCCACUAUCCGAUGCUUGAGGACCAUAUGGGCAGGACUGGCUUGGCCACAGUGCCUAACUACUGGGACAAUCCAAUGUUGGUGUGCAAAGAUAACUGUGACUGGAAGGUCUUCAGAUUCCUUUCACCCUCAGAGUUUUACCCCUUUGUUGUUCCGUUUGAAAUGGAAGGUGACACGACAGAAAUACCUGGUGGGCUGCCCCCUGCAUACCAGAAGGCACUCAGCCAACGAGAACAGAGGAUACAGAUCUGGCAGAAGACUGUGAAGGAGGCAGGGCUUACCAAGGAUCAGAGGAAGACAUUCCAGGUGUUGGUGGAGAGCAAGUUCUACGAAUGGCUGGUUCACACUGGCAGUCGUCAGCAGCUUGACAGUCUGGUGCUUCCUGCUGCAGGUUCUAAACAGGAAGCAGGAUAGCGGAACUUUUGAAACAGCA